GCCGCGUGACUCGCGUAUUGCGUCAUUUAUCCGUCCUGCUAAGUUUAGAAACUGCCCCCCCGUAUUGGCGAGGGAGGUUUUGCCACCCUAGCGAGCAAGGACAAUGAGCGAAGAUCGGGUUAGCAGCGGGCCUUCAACGGAUAUGUCGGCGUUCAGAGAGCUCUUCGCCAAAGCACGAAACAUAGUGGCUCUCUCUGGCGCCGGAAUCAGCGCUGAAAGCGGCGUCCCGACCUUCAGAGGAGCUGGAGGCUACUGGCGAACGUACCAGGCGACGCAGCUGGCCACGCCCGAGUCGUUUGCCGCCAAUCCGUCGCUGGUGUGGGAAUUCUACCACUAUCGCAGGGAGCUGAUGGGCAGCAAACACCCCAACGCGGCUCACAAAGCUCUUGCUGAGUUUGAGGCAAGACUGAAGCCCCAGGGGAGAAAAGUGACCGUUGUAACUCAAAAUAUCGACGGUCUUCACCACAAGGCUGGCUCUCAAGACAUUAUUGAACUUCACGGUUCAUUGUUUCACACUCGCUGCACAAGUUGCAGUCAAGUAUUGGAGAAUAGGGACAGUCCCAUUUGCCCCGCACUGAAAGACAGAGGAGCUCCUGAUCCAGAUGCAGAAGACGCUAGAAUCCCAGUCUCUGAGCUUCCUCGGUUAGCAGCACACUAAUCUUUUAACCUAACUUCCCUUCAACUUCAGACAAAGAACACUAAAGGCCCCAAUGGAAAAUACCUUUAUAUUAUAGAGGACACACUUUGAAGUCCCAAACCAUCACUUUUCUAUUAUUUACCUAUAUGCCUGGUUCAAAUGUGUCCAUUAUUCGGAGAUUUCACUCUGUAUGUAUCAUAGUUGUUCUGAGUGUGGUGGACUGCUGAGACCUCAUGUGGUGUGGUUUGGAGAGGCUCUUGAUUCUGUGGUCAUGGACAGAGCUCAGAGUGUCCUGAGAUCAUGUGACCUCUGUCUCCUGGUGGGUACAUCGUCAGUGGUGUACCCGGCUGCUGGGUUUGCUCCCAUGCUGGCCACGAGGGGUGUUCCAGUUGCAGAGUUCAACUUGGAGGAGACCCCUGUCACCGGAGCCCUUACGUUUCAGUUCAAAGGAAAGUGUGGAGAAACUCUGCCUCCAGCCAUAGCCCUUCACCCGUCAGAGCAAACAGCCUAGCUAUAGUCAUACAGAUGUAGCAUCUGUAUAUACCCAUACCGUACUGAAUGGCAUCUGACUUUAUAGCUCAUUGCGUCAUUUAUAAUGUACGCACGUGGGAAUUGGUCAGAAUCAGUCAAAUCAUGAAAAAGGUGGAGUAUUAUAGGUAGUCACACACAAGCUGGUAUAUAGCUACACACAAAUAAUGAGUAUGCA